AUGGCUGCUACUUUUUACCGCAUGGCUCCCAAUGAAAGCCUUCAGGUUGCGGGGAUUAUCCAGUUGCUGAAGCACUUUGGAUGGACGUGGAUUGGCCUCUUAAUUCUGGAUGGGGACAGCGGAGACAAUUUCCUCCACGUUCUGGACCCGCUUCUUUCUGAGAACAGGAUCUGCGCCGCCUUUGUGGAGAGGUUUCCUAAGCAAUCCUUUUAUUUCGUUUUUAAAGGCCAUACAAUGCAGUGGCUGGCUAUUUAUUUGCUCGACGCCAAAGUCAACACCUUCGUCUUCUACGGGGAAAGCAACACCGCGAUGCUCCUGUUUCUAUUCAUGAGAUAUAUAGACGACAGCCUUGGAAAGCUGUGGAUUUUGACCGCUCAAGUAGACCUCACAUUAACAAAUGCUCAUCGACCUUCAGAUCUGCAAUUGUUCGACGGAGCUAUUUCCUUUGCCAUACACUCCAACGCGCUGCCAAGGUUUGAUGAAUUCCUUUGGGCCAUCAAGCCAUUACAGACCCAACGAGAUAGUUUGUUCAAAGAGUUCUGGGAACAAAGCUUUGAUUGCUCCUUUUCAGGAAGUAAUAAACCGGUGGAAAAUGAUGCAGCAUGUAGAUUACAGGACAGUCCAGUAUUACUUCAAACUUCAGUCCUGAUUUCCAUCCUGGUUUAUCAACAGGUCUUGCCCCGUUCAGUCUGUAAUGACCCCUGUCCUGCUGGCUAUCAGAAAAAAAAGAAAGAAGGCGAGAAAUUUUGCUGCUAUGAUUGUGAUCCAUGUUCUGAUGGGAAGAUCUCAAACAUGUUGGACACGAUUGCCUGUUUUGAAUGUCCAGAAGAUCAAUAUGCAAGCAAGAACAAAGUUCGAUGCAUCCCAAAAACCAUAACAUUUCUAUCUUAUGAAGAACCUUUGGGGAUCAGUUUAGUUGUGGUUGCUGUUUUAUUUUCAGUCAUGACCAUAUUCAUACUUGGAAUAUUUAUCAAGUAUAAAGACACCCCUAUUGUUAAAGCAAACAACAAGGACCUCACUUACAGUCUCCUCCUCUCUCUUCUGCUUUGCUUCCUCUGCUCUUUCCUUUUCCUGGGAAAACCUCUCAAACUAAUUUGCUUCCUCCGACAAUCCGUGUUUGGCCUUAUCUUCUCUGUGGCCAUUUCUUCUGUGUUGGCCAAAACCAUCAUGGUCAUUGCAGCUUUCAUGGCCACCAAACCAGGAUCUGGGAUGAGAAAAUGGUUGGGGAAAAAACUUUUCUUCUUAAUUGUUUUUUCUGGGUCUUUCAUUCAAGCAGGCAUUUGUCUGGCAUGGAUGAUCACUUCUCCCCCCUUUCCAGAACUUAACAUGAAAUCCAUGGCUGAAGAGAUCAUAGCAGAAUGUAACGAAGGGUCUGUUGUGAUGUUUUAUCUUGUCUUGGGCUACAUGGGGUUUCUGUCUCUGAUCAGCUUCAUGGUGGCUUUCCUAGCUAGGAACCUGCCAGAUACAUUCAAUGAAGCCAAGUUCAUCACUUUCAGCAUGCUGGUGUUUUGCUGUGUUUGGUUGUCUUUUGUUCCCACCUAUUUGAGCACCAAAGGAAAGUAUAUGGUAGCCGUGGAGAUCUUCUCCAUCUUAGCUUCUAGUGCUGGUUUAUUGGGAUGCAUCUUCUUCCCCAAAUGCUACAUUAUUUUGCUGAGGCCUGAGCUCAACAGCAAAGAGCAACUUGUAAAGAAAAAACAUUUCUGA